UUUACGAAAUCGAAGCGCACUUUGCGGUUUAUGAAUCUGAAUGUAUCUAUAUAUACAAAUAAAAUAGUUAUGAAUCAAAUGUUAAUCAGGAAACAGAUCUAUUAUUAAAAAAGAAGAGAGCCUUCAUUUUCAUCAGCGGAACUGAAUUUGCAUGUGCUGACCUAACGGUGGCCGGGGCUGACGUCUCCUCCUUCAGCCUGACGUCGUCCCCAGUGGUCGUGCGUGCCGUGCCGGGCCUCUCUGCAGAUGGAGGUGGCGCGGGGGAGGUUGUUUGGGGAUGGUUUGCCGGGAUAUCGCGUCACCUCCUCGGUGUCUUGCUAGCAUACUGUCACCUGCUCGCAUUCAGCACGAGCUGUUUGCACGGACAUGAAAAGUAAGAUUUCGGGUCGCGGUAGCCGCUCCUGUUUGUGAGCCCUUUGUAAAGCACGUCGCUGCGGGCCAGGAGAUGUUUCGUGAGCUUUGGUGGGUAAACAGAAGGCCUUUACCUUUGCAGGGUUGACAGCUUCUGUUUAGGGGCUUGUUGUCUUCGCGGUAAUGACAGACUACAGCUGCUGCUGCAUCUGCUUUUGAGCUAUCAGCCAGAGACGAGACGUCCACCAGAAGAAGAUAGUUGGUAACUAUGGCUGAACAAGACGUUUGCCUCCACCUCGAUUCAAUAGGCGAGGUGACAAAGGAGGACCUUCUGCAGAAGUCUAAGGGAACUUGUCAGUCAUGUGGAGCUGGUGGUCCAAACCUGUGGGCCUGUCUACAGAAUGACUGCCCGUAUGUCGGGUGCGGAGAGUCCUACUCUGAUCACAGCACCCUGCAUGCACAGGCUAAGAAGCACAACCUUACCGUGAAUCUGACAACGUUCAGGAUCUGGUGUUAUGUGUGUGAGCGAGAGGUGUUUCUGGAGCACAGGCCGGCCCUGGUGCCCGUAGCUGCUGCAGCACACCUCUGUAAAGCUACAGAGCAGGAAACCUCUCCCCAGACAGUUGGUCACCCACUCAAAGCGGUACCGAUUGCUGUGGCCGAAGAAGAAGGCUCAGAGUCAGAAGAGGAUGAGCUUAAACCCAGAGGGUUGACAGGAAUGAAAAACAUUGGAAAUUCCUGCUACAUGAACGCAGCUCUUCAAGCCCUGUCCAACUGCCCUCCUCUCACUCAGUUUUUUCUGGACUGCGGUGGAUUGGUAAGGACUGACAAGAAGCCUGCUUUGUGUAAGAGCUACCAGAAACUCAUCUCAGAACUCUGGCAUAAAAAACGGCCCAGCUAUGUUGUCCCUACCAGCCUGUCCCACGGCAUCAAACUGGUGAACCCCAUGUUUCGUGGUUACGCUCAGCAGGACACUCAGGAGUUCUUGCGCUGUCUGAUGGACCAGCUACACGAAGAGCUGAAGGAGCCUCUGUCGGAGUGUAGCGUGGGCUACGACGGGAGCGACGGGGAGGACAGAAGAGACGGAGACCGCUCCCCCUCUGAGGAUGAGUUCCUUUCCUGUGACUCUGGCUCCAGUAGUGACCGAGGGGAGGGAGGAGGGGUGGGUGACAGCGAGCUGCUCAUCCAGGAUGAGUGUGAUGGGAUACGGUCACCGGCAGGUGGAAUGGGGGACGUCAGUAGUGGUACAGUGAUCUCUGAGAAGGAGAGGCUUAAAGAAAGGAGGUUACCCGGCUCCCCGCUCCAUGGAGGCUCACAAGAGAUGGAUGAAGAUGCUGAUGUGGACACAGCAGUUGAGGAAGGGUUUCCAGAAAGGAGGGCGGAGGAUGAAGAGGAGCCUGCAGCCCCAAACACAGAAGUCCAAAGUCAGGAAAACCAUCAGACGUCUAACACAGGGCAAAGUCAAGUCCCGAGCAACAACAGCUCAGAGCCAGACAAUGAAGCAUCGAUGACCCAGCCCCAGUCCACUCCCUGCAGUCCUGUGCGCACCCUUCAAGAGCUGCAUCCCAAACUGUCCUCCAGUCCCCCCCGGUCCAGCCCUCUCCGCUCUUCAGGACCUGCAUACUCCUUCAAAAAAGCUCAGCUGCUGCUCAGUGCCAGGAAGAAAAAACAGUCUCACUAUCGCAGUGUGAUCUCGGACAUCUUUGAUGGUUCGAUCCUCAGUCUAGUCCAGUGUUUGACCUGUGACAGGGUCUCAACUACAGUGGAAACCUUCCAGGACUUAUCCCUCCCUAUUCCUGGUAAAGAAGACCUAGCAAAGCUCCAUUCAUCCAUCCAUCAGAACCUGCCGGUGAAGACUGGUGUGUGCCCUGACACUUACGGCUCGCAGGGGUGGAUCUCCUACAUCAUGGACUCCAUACGGCGGUUUGUAGUCUCAUGUAUCCCCAGUUGGUUUUGGGGGCCCAUGGUAACACUAGAGGACUGCCUUGCUGCUUUUUUUGCUGCAGAUGAACUCAAAGGGGAUAACAUGUACAGCUGUGAGAGAUGUAAAAAGUUGAGAAAUGGUGUCAAAUACUGCAAAGUGCUUAGACUUCCAGAGAUUCUGUGCAUUCACCUGAAACGUUUUCGGCACGAGGUCAUGUAUUCGUUCAAGAUAAGCAGCCACGUGUCCUUCCCGCUCGAGGGCCUCGACAUGCGACCUUUCCUGGCUAAAGAGAGUCCAUCGCAAGUUACCACUUACGACUUGCUGUCAGUCAUUUGCCACCAUGGCACUGCAGGAAGUGGGCACUACAUAGCUUACUGUCAGAAUGUAAUCAACGGCCAGUGGUAUGAGUUUGAUGACCAGUAUGUUACCGAAGUCCAUGAGACGGUGGUGCAGAACGCAGAGGCUUAUGUGUUGUUCUAUAGGAAAAGUAGCGAGGAGGCUGUGAGAGAGAGGCAGAAGGUGGUGGCUCUGGCCAAUAUGAAGGAGCCCAGCCUGCUGCAGUUUUACAUCUCCAGAGAAUGGCUCAACAAGUUCAACACCUUCGCUGAGCCAGGCCCCAUCAGCAACCACACGUUUCUUUGUCAACAUGGCGGGAUCCCUCCUAAUAAAUACCACUACAUAGAUGAUCUGGUUGUGAUUGUUCCCCAGAACGUGUGGGAAUACCUUUACAACAGCUUCGGAGGUGGCCCAGCAGUCAACCACCUCUACAUGUGUGCAAUCUGUCAGGUGGAGAUUGAAGCUCUAGCUAAACGCAGAAAAACAGAAAUUGACACCUUCAUCAAGCUGAACAAAGAGUUUCAAGCUGAGGAGGCUCCAACAGUGAUCCUGUGUAUCAGCAUGCAGUGGUUCAGAGAGUGGGAGAGCUUUGUGAAGGGCAAAGACAAUGAGCCACCCGGUCCCAUCGACAACAGUAAAAUCGGUGUUAUGAAAGGAGGACAUAUACAGCUAAAGCAAGGUGCAGACUAUGGUCAGAUCUCAGAGGAGACUUGGCAGUACUUGUUGGGAAUUUAUGGCGGAGGCCCUGAGAUUGCAGUGAGACAGACGGUGGCCCCGGCUGACCCCGACACCCUUCACGGAGAGAGGAAGAUUGAGGCAGAGACGAGAGCACUUUGAGAUAAAGAGAGGAAGCUGAGGAAUUUGCACCACGGUGAAGAAGCCCCAUCUUGAGCACUUUGUAAAUGUAGCAGCAUGUUAUUCUGAAGCCAUGUUGCAGCAAGAGAAAACGCUACCUAAAAACAACACGGUUUAUUUGUUGGAUAACUUUGAUCCUUAAUGUUGAGGUGUACAAAUAAGAUGUUGUCACAUCCCUGGAGCUGUUUUUGGUAGCUGUGGUGUCUCAGUGGCCGCUGUAGUGACAUGGUGUUGUAUAAUGCUAAACGGGCAGAUGGCUGCAAAUAUUACAAGACGAAAUGCUGCGGAGAAUAGAAUUACAGUGUGUUGCUUUUGAGGACUUCUCUUCUUCCCUGGAAGCAAACCCAGAGACAUUAACAGUGCUUUUUGUUAUUUAGUUACAUAUCAGCAGGUACGGCCAUGACGAGAGGGAUGUCAGAUAAAUCACAGUCGGACACUUUGAUCUUUAAAGGGGACAUAUUAUGCAUAUCUACUUUGUUUUUCCACAAAAGAUGGCAAAAGAGCAUCUCUAGAGAUAUUGCAUGUAGUUACAUACAGGCCCCACUGGUGAAUAGAUGCACCUGAAUACAACAGACCUGCCCCGGUGUACAUUUCUGUGUUUUCAUGUCACCUUUAAUGCUUUAGUCCAAGCUCAGCUCGGUCCUUUACGUCUCUUUGCAUCUCUCCUCAUCGCACCCUGUACUGCAUUUCAGCACGUUUAAAAUCCCACUACAGCUGACCUCAUUUACAUAAUCUUCAGUUUUUGUUUACAGACAAUGAAAUGAGUGUGAAAUAUGAAGACACAAACUACAACCUGGCUUGUAACCUGUCGCCAGUUAUGAGCCAGUUUUUAAAGCUGCAUUGCUAAAGUUUCAGUUUUUGAAUUGAUCCAUGGUUCAUAAUCAUGAGCUCAAAUCAGUGGUUGUUUGUGAUUGCUUUGUGUUGCAUGUAAAAUGAUCACACUGAGAAUGAUAGAAACAUCAGAGUCUCUCAUUCACGUCUAUGUGGCACACUGUGCUGUACUGCUCUCACUGGGUGGUGCUUUCGGCUGCUCCCGUGUGUGUCUUACAGACCACUUCCUGAAAAGGAGAUUGGGCACCAGCAGCACUUUUAAUUUAAAGCUACAGGCACUGAAAGCGUCUGUUGAAAACUGGGGGUAUAAGCUGAACCUUAAACAUUUCGGGGACAUGUAAAGCCUGCAUCAACAUGUUAAAGUGGUAUAUAAUAUGUCCUCUUUAAAAGCACUCAGGACUGUGGGUCUUUUCAGGUUUGAAUUUGUUUAAAAGGGUUUACAGACUACAAAAAUGCAUGUUCCAAAAGACUUUGGGUAUAAAUGCAUGAAAAAAAAGUUGUUUUUUUUUGUUCUUCUUUGCUCAAGUGAGGACAUUUCACUGACAGGUUGAGUUUUUUUUUAUUUUUUAUUUUUAUACCCCAAACAGACAACCCGUUAUCUUUUUGUGUGCUCAAAAUGAUCGAAGUGUUGACUCGCUUCUGUUUAGUUUAAGCAAGCAGCUAUCAAUACUUAGGAGUUUAUGAAUAUUAACAGAUGGAAAUUUGGAAAUGGGAAUUUUCAUGGGGCAUAAACAGAAAGUUGAGCGUGAGAGAGGAUUAAUGAAGAGAAUCUUGUGCAACAAAACAUCAGAGCUGGUUUUUAUGACGAGAAGAGACAGAAGCUUUUGAUUUCUAAGUGUAAAUUAACUUUGAGAUGCCUGUUAUUACAAUAGACCAUUAUGCAGUAUUUGUUUAAAGGGCAGUAUUAAGUACAAAGUGCUUUUUCCCACCAUCUUCUAAAAAUUUAGCAGAAAUAACACAACAGCUUCACAAACAGAUAUCACAUAUGCCAAAAAAAAAAGAAGAAAAGAAACAUGUCGCACCAAUAAGGUUACUCCUUAUACUGAUUCGGUGUAUGUAUACUUUUUUUUAUUAUUAUUAUUUUGUUUUAUACUACUGUGCAAUGUUUGGACUCCAAUCUGAAGGUGGUAAAUAAAAAAAAAACCUUGUAAAAAUUUAGCAUAAGUAUAAAAUGUUAGAUAUUUUCCUGAAGUGUGCAAUUCAUGUUGCAGAAAUGCAAGAGAGAUAAUUCGAUAACAAAUCUGUAAGAAGCUUAGCUAAGUGAACUUAGUCAUCCUCUUUCUCAUUUCAGAUAAACCACACGCUUGCCUUUUUUGUUCUUUUUAAAAAAUAAAUAAAUAAUAGAACCCUAACCCUUGCCAAACGUCGCCCCAACAUUUUAAGUAGUUAAUGCUUGGCAUUAUUUUAAUAAGCUAAUUCUUUCCCUUUAAUAUAUUAGACUACAUUACAUUAUAUUAGUCUAGUCUACUGUCAGUUAAUAAUAAUCAGGUUUAGAAAUGGUGUUAAUGAGCUAUUACAUGCUUCUUCUUUUUUUUGUCAAUUUACAUGACAUGAAGUCUCCAUAGGUGUUUUUCAUAAAGUGUCAGUGCAUAUACAUUGCUUUUAAAUCUCUAUUUUAUCAGUAAUCAUUAAGGGAGAAAUUAUAUGUAUUAGACUGGCAGUGAAAAACCUCCAGAAGUAGACUGUGGGUAAAUGUUGCAACUCAGCUGAUGCCGGUUUAAAAGUAGCUAGAAGUACUUUGAUAACGAAAUUUUCAGGGCCAAAUGACUGAAAAUAAUAGUGAGGGCUUAUUUAAUCUUUUAUGUAAGAUGAAGGUGCAAAGUGGUGUUUGUUCCAGAGUGUUCCCCGUUCUGUGUCAUUUGCUUUUUUUUAAAAAAUAAAAAAUUCCUCUAAGUGAAA